CCCGCGCACGCGCGCUGCUGCCGUCCCGCCGCUGCCGCGCACGCGCAGCCCGGCGCCCUCCGCUGCGUCCUCUGAGGGCGCCGGGAGCGCGGCCAUGGCGGGGGCGCUGGGGAAGACCACUGGACUUGUAGGAUUGGCUGUAGUUGCGAACCCUCAUGAGCGCCUGCGAAUACUGUACACAAAAAUCCUUGGUGUCCUGGAAAACAUUCCCAAAGAUGCAGCUUACAGGAAAUACACUGAGCAGAUUGUGAAUGAGCGAUUUGAUUUGGUGAAAAAGGAGUCUGAUGUGCAAAAACUACAGGACAAACUGAACAGUGGUCAGAUAGAAGAAGUCAUUCUGCAGGCUGAAAAUGAGCUGUCCCUGGCAAGAAAAAUGAUGCAGUGGAAACCAUGGGAGCCUCUAGUUGAAGAACCUCCUUCCAAUCAGUGGAGAUGGCCAAUAUAAUUUUCAAAAUGGUGUAACCUCUUGAAAGUAAAAAGAAAAAAAUUAAUUAUUAACCUAUUGUUACUGGCAGUUGUCUUUAAAUUAAAGAUAAUCACUUCAUUAAAAUAUAUUUUGUCCACUUACAUUUAGCAAUCUAAA